UGUUUUAUAAAUAAACAUUAACAAUGUAUUGUUGAUAAUAACAAGAUUGAGCGCUGACCGUUAGACCUUAUUAAUUAAUCAGUUGAUUUAUGGCGAGUAUGUUGUCAUUGUUACUUGUGAUCAUCUUGUUACCAUUAUUAAUAUUUUAUUACAAAAGAAGGCAAAAAAGAAAUGAGGAAUUUUGGAAAUAUAUUAUGCGCAUUCCCGGACCCAAGGCUUAUCCCGUGAUAGGGUGUGCAUAUAAAGUAUAUACCACAGAAACGCUAUGGGACAAGGAAAGAGAAAGAGCUAAGGAAUUUUUUCCAAUUUAUAAAAUUUGGAGUUUAGACUUUGCCGCUGUUUACAAUAUGUGUCCAGAAGAUAUUGAGCCUGUCCUAAGCAACACAAAACAUAACACUAAAGGCUUUGUUUACGAUUUUCUUCAUGCAUGGUUAGGUACUGGACUUCUCACUAGUGAAGGUACAAAAUGGCACAAAAGAAGAAAAAUUUUAACGCCAGCAUUUCAUUUCAAUAUAUUACAAGAGUUUACAGACAUGUUGAACAGAGAAACCCAAAUACUUGUAGAAAAUUUCAAAAAACUGUGUCAUCAACCUUACGUGAAUGUUAUUACACCUAUUACGGAAUUUACUCUAUAUUCAAUUGGUGAAACAUCUCUGGGUGUUCCACUUCGAGAAGAUCCAAAUUGCACGGAAUACAAAAAAGCUGUCUAUGACUAUGGUGAAUCGUUCAUUUACAGACUUGUUCGUCCUUGGCUUUACAUUCCUUUUGUGUACAAACUGAGUGCUGCUUACAAAAAGAAUAUCAAAACUGUGAAAACAUUGUCCGAUUUUUCCACUAAUGUAAUUAAAGAAAAAAAGAAAAUAUUUGAAAAAGACGCAAGUUACUCUCAAAGAAAAAGACUUGCUCUUUUGGAUUUGAUGUUAAAGGCUCAACAAGAAGGAGCUGGUAUUGAUGAUGAAGGAAUUAGAGAAGAACUAGAUACUUUUAUAUUUGAGGGUCAUGAUACCACUUCGGUCUCCAUAUGUUACACUUUAAUGGUGCUGGCAAAUAAUAAAGACACGCAGAAAGAAAUUUAUCAAGAGAUUAUUUCGACUAUUGGAGAUACACAACUUCCAUCAUAUAGUGAUUUACUUGAGCUAAAAUUUAUGGAAAGGUGUAUCAAAGAAAGCCUUAGGUUAUAUCCAAGUGUACCGCAAAUAGUACGAGUGAUUGGAGAAGAAAUAAAAACACACUCUGGAUACACUCUUCCCAAAGGAUCUAAUAUAAUUAUCCCAAUAUACGAUUUACAUAGAAAUCCUGUAGUCUGGGAAAAUCCUGAAAAGUUCGAUCCUGAUCGAUUUUUGCCUGAUAAUAUAGCUAAAAGGCACCCAUUUGCUUAUAUACCGUUCAGUGCUGGAAGCAGAAAUUGUAUUGGUCAAAAGUUCGCAAUGAUGGAAAUAAAAGCAGUUCUUUGCGGAAUAUUGAGGCACUUCAAGUUGGAGCCUUAUGACAAACCUGAGUAUUUGAAGCACAAAUCUGAUUUGGUACUAAGGCCUGCUGGAGAAAUACGAGUUAAUUUUGUACCUAGAAAAUAAUUUAAUUGCAAAUAUU